GGUACGACCACCAAGUUUUCCCGCAGAGACAGAGAGCUUUUGAAGACUUCCCAUCAGUGUAGUGCGCCUGCCCCAUGCCUGUAAAAGCGACGGAUUUGCGUCGGAGUUUACACGGCGUGUGAUAUCUCCUCUUGUACUGUAAAAAAAAACGAACUCUACAAAUACAAGCAAAUUAGCCGGACUGAUAAACUGCGAGAAAGCGUCUUGCUCGGAAGCAUGUCCACUCCGACGCAACCGAUCGCUGUCGUCAAGCGAGAGUGGUCGCGCCUCCCCCUGAACUACGCCUUGCACACCACAAUUGGGAUAUGUGGUAUUGCACUCAUGCCCCUCUUGAUCCUGAGCCACCGUUUCCAAGAAAACUUCUUCGCUUUCAUCUACGUGAUCAUACAGCGGUUCAUGAAUGACGAAGUGGCCAUGAUUCGACGAGCCAUCAUGUCCCAUCUCGAUGACAUGUCUCCGCAAGAGCCCUCGUUAAUUCCCCGCGGUUCACUGCGCGUUCUGGAAGUCGGAGCAGCCUAUGGACCAAAUCUCGAGUUCAUCCAGCGACCCGUCGAGUACUGGACGGUGGAGCCGAACAGAAGCUUCGAGGAUUCGUUUAUGCGAAACCUUCAGAGAAACUCGAACGUCGAGAUGAAGCGCGUCAUCCAUGGAUAUGGCGAGGACAUGGGAAUGUUACCUGGUGAACACUUCGACGCUGUUCUCCUCGCCUUCGUCCUCUGCACGGCGAAAGAUGGCUCGAAACUACUCAGCGAAUGCAAGCGUGUCCUUGCAAAGGGUGGCUGUCUUCUCUUCGCCGAGCACGUCGGUCACAAGAAGGGAACAUUCGCCAGGUUUCUUCAAGACAUCAUGACUCCGUACACCAAGAAUCUUGCUGGUGGCUGCCACCUGAAUCGCGAUAGCGAGACUUUGCUUAGAAAAGCCGGGUUCUCUAAUGUGACCGUCCAUACUAUUGACUUGAACAUACCAGUGGUGCUCAGCCACACCAUCUAUGGCACCGCAAUAGUGUAA